CUCCCCUGUAAAGUGGAGGGAUUGCAGGAAACAGAGCAGAAAGCCAGAAAGGAUGGCUAUGGCUAUGGCUAUGGCUAUGGCUAUGGGACCCUCUUUCCUUCCUGAAAAAAGUAAUUGAAAACAGGGAAAAGAGUGUGUAAUGUAAUGAGUGAUGGAGUGAGUUGAGGCUUUUAGCCUUUUUGACCUGUUCCAGUCUGUAAAUAAGUAACAUCAUCAGCCCCAGCUGCCCAUGAUCCGCCAUUGCUGCUCAUUCUUGGAAGCUCCGGGACCACGAGGAUUUCUAGAGGCGUGCGGCGCUGCGCUCCGGGACUCCCUAUAAUCUCACUGUUAUUCACUUUAGACAGUGCAUUUCAACAGCAAACCCACCUCAAAAACCGUUCCUUUUCCAUUGCUACAUUUCAUUAUAUCUGUGCACGGCAGCGCCAUUGCUUUACCCCAAAUUCUGUAGUAAGUUAAGUUUUUCUGCACACCCGCAGGAACGCCAUGGCUGAGCAAGACCAGAAGCUUCCCAGGGAGCAAAUGGGCGGCGGUGGUGGCGUCCUCUUGGUCGUCAGCGAUGUGCCGGAGGCUGAAGAGAAAGAUUCCGGCAAAGAAUCCGAUCAGAAAGUGCCGAUCUUGGUGCCGGAGCCUGAUGACCUGGCAAUGCCCGACGAGCCUGAGAAGACUGGAGACGAAGCCUGCAACUUUGAGUCCAAUGAAGAACAGACCAAAGCCAUUGAUCUUCCUGAAAAUGAGAAGAAAGCCCUCCAGGAGCUAAAGCAUCUCCUCCAGGACGCCCUCGACCGCCAUGAAUUCGAAGCUUCAGCAGGGGCGGAGAAGAAAACAACACCAGAAGCAAAAUCAGUUUCUGAAACUGAAAAAGAUUCCGCCCUUGACCCGCCAGUGCAGACGAUUGCAGAAGCUUUAUUGGAAGACGAUGGGGCAAAGACUCUGGAAGCCAUUGAAGAGACCAUAGUUGCAGCAGUCAGGUCCAAAGAGAAGCCCGAAGAGACAAUCGUCUCUCAGAAAGUGUCCAUUUGGGGAAUAAAGCUUCUGGAAGACGAUAGAAGUGACGUCAUCCUCUUGAAGUUCCUCCAGGCCCGAGAAUUCAAGGCUAAGGAAGCUUUCACCAUGAUCAAGAACACCAUAACCUGGCGAAGAGAAUUUGGAAUCGACGAGCUUGUAGAGGAAGAUCUUGGCUGCAGGGAUUUGGAAAGAGUUGUUUACACGUACGGACACAGCAGGGAAGGUCAUCCAGUGUGCUACAAUGUCUACGGCGAGUUCCAGGACAAGGAGCUUUACCAGAACACGUUUUCUGAUGAAUUGAAGAGGCAGAGGUUUCUGAGAUGGAGAAUCCAGUUUCUUGAAAGGAGCAUCAGGAAGCUGGAUUUCAGGCCUGGUGGGAUUUCCACCAUUGUUCAGGUUAAUGAUCUCAAGAACUCUCCAGGGCCUAACAGAUGGGAGCUGAGACAGGCAACAAAUCAGGCCCUUCACUUGCUGCAGGACAAUUACCCUGAAUUUGUUGCCAAGCAAAUCUUCAUCAAUGUGCCAUGGUGGUACCUGGCACUGAGCAAAAUGAUCAGCCCUUUUCUUACUCAAAGGACUAAAAGCAAGUUUGUGGUUGCUGGUCCUUCCAAAUCUACAGAAACCCUUUUGAAGUACGUAUGUGGUGAGCAAAUUCCAACGCAGUAUGGUGGACUAAGCAAUGGAGGAAACUUUGGAACAGAUGACACUGUUUCUGAGGUCAUUGUGAAACCUUCAGCCAAGCACGUUGUUGAAUUCUCUGUUGAUGAAGAAUGCAUAGUGAGGUGGGAGGUAAGAGUGGUGGGAUGGGAGGUGAGCUAUGGAGCUGAAUUUGUUCCCAAUGCAGAAACUGGAUACACAGUGAUCAUACAGAAGAUGAAGAAAAUCCCUAAUUCCAGCAGUAGUGGUGAUGAAGAUCGAGUUGAAAUGGUGUCUUGCAGCUACAGAGUUGGGGAGCCUGGAAAAGUGGUUUUGGCCAUUAACAAUCCCACCUCAAGGAAGAAGAAGCUGCUCUACAGGUUCAAGACAAACCCUAAUUCUGCUGAUGUUGUUGACUGAAUCUCAAUAUGAAUAUGAAACAGAUACAUCAAAUCAUUUGGGUUUGUCCCUUUUUGCUUUCUGGUUUUAUAGCCAAAUUUGUGUUGCCAACAAUGGCCUCUUUUGGAUUGGGUGUAUGUAUAAAUUUAUGCAUUAUGGUGAAUUUGUUGUGUUGUGUUGUUGCAGAAGCUGCCAUUGAUGGGUUUCUUCGCAUCUCAUGUAUUUAUAUAUAUAUUUGGAUACACUGCUUUUUUUUUUU